UGGUUUCUCCAGCGCUGGUCUGGUGUUUGUAGUGUAUCCGUAAUUCUUCGAGGAGCGCGCGCGCGUGCACGCGGCACUAUUACCAGCACUCAGUAGUCCAUAAUAAAGUCAGAAGCGCGUGCGUUGGCCGCAUCGGAUCAUGAAGAACAUGACUUUCCGGCGUGUUAAGGACAGCGGCACGGGGAGCGGCCAGGAUAUCUACUUCACCUCCUCCAAAUCGGAUAGCUGUAGGAGCAUGGAUUUACCCUCAGGCUCCUCGGACGUUUACAAUUAUAAAACCCUGGCGUACUCCGGAGGAACCCUGCCCAGGAACUUCAAGAAGAAUGCAGGGCUGCAGAAGUGGAAGCCCCUCACGCUACCACCAGAGCCAGAAAGGAAGACGGUCCUCCUGGAGAAGAACGAGGACGGAACGUUUGGCUUUGAGCUUCAGACAUACGGGCUGCACCACCAGGAUGAGAACUCUGUAGAGAUGUGCACGUUUGUCUGCAAAGUCCACGAAGACAGUCCGGCUAAGCUCGCCGGCUUAAAAAUGGGUGACACCAUCGCCAGCGUCAACGAAACAUCUGUUGAAGGAUUUCGCCAUAAGGACAUUGUCCAGCUCAUCAGAUCAUCUGGCAACAGCGUUAUGUUGGAGACCGUAUACAGUAACACUAUUAGGAAAGCAGAACUUGAAGCUCGCCUACAGUAUUUAAAGCAAACCUUGCAUGAGAAGUGGGAUGAGUACAGAUCACUGAUGGUGCAGGAGCAGAGGCUCGUUCACGGCAUUGUGAUGAGCGACGUGACCGUGUACGAGUCUCUGGAGUCGGCCGGCGUGUACGGUAGCCUGGGCGCUCCAAGCCCCAUGACCACCCGCUCCCUUUGCCUCACAGGCAGCACCAACAGCAGCGCGAGUCACCUGAGCGAGGACGACCCGCUCUACCAAACGUGCCUCUUCCAGCCCAACGGCAGCAAAGAAGGCGGCGAGGACGCCAGCGACUGCUCCGUUACCCUCGAGGACAAGCCCCAGCGGACACGUAACCGUUUGCUCCGUCCCACCAGCGAGUUAUUUGCCUCGGCCAAGAUGUCACUGAGCCGCAGUGCCAGCACACGCAGCUACUUGAGGGGGUCCACGUCUUCGUCGACGACGUCCUCCUCCUCCUCGGUGCCUGGCGGAGAAAAGCCUCAGUGCGGCGCGUUCAGCUCGCUGCAGAGGAAACCCAAACGCACAAGCAUCAGACGCAGGCUGCUCAAAUACAUCCCGGGUCUUAACCGAGCUCUAGAGGAGGAGGAGAGCAAACUGUGAUUUAUUCAGGGCAAAAUGAGGACUCGGACUAACAUGCACAUCCAAAGACUGCAGUCUAGACGCCAGGAAUAUGCCUUCAAACCUGAACCAACCAAAAAUGAGUGUAUGCAAAAACAUAAUGGGAUACGCCAUAUCUGUUGAUCCCAAUCAUGCUUCAAAUGUUGGGAGUGCUUACAGUAUAACUAUUUGGUGAAUAAGCCAUAACUUUUUCACUGACAGUAGUUCAUUCCACUGUUCACUGUGAAAUGUUGAAAAACUGCGUUAUGAAUCUAUAUUUCCUUUUGUUCACCUGGUCGAUUCCUGAUAGUAUUUAUACAGACAUUUUGAGCUUAUUUCCUCAUGAAGAACAUGCAUCAUUACAUCAUGAAGAACCCUGUGCGUAUCCUCUGAUUAUUUAGACCUGCAAAACAUUCAAAGACUAAACAUUCAGAACUUAAAAAAAAAAAAAAGAAGAGGUGAUUGGGACCAAAACUCCCAGUGUGUAAAAACCAAAGCGACCACAACGUGUUAAGCGUCUGCUUGUUUUCAGACCUCGUGCUGGUUACACUUUUUUUUUUUUUUUUUUUUGGAAAAUCCUGGCGAUCACAAUAACUUUGUUAGCAAUCAUUCUUUUGUACAUAAUUUUUAAGAAAAUAAUUUAUUUAUUUAUUUUCAUCUGGUUUUGUCGUUUCUUUUUUAAAUAUGUACAAAAUGAAGGGUUUCGGCUUGUAUUUUUUUGUUUUUGUUUUUUUAUAUAUAUAGAGAAAGUUUUUUUUUUUUUUUGGUAUUUACUGUUCUUUCAUGUGUUUUUCUACUUUGGAAAAAAAAAAGCUCGAAAUAAAUGUGUGAUAUCAGUUCUUUGCGGUGUAUAUUCGCUUUACACCUCCCACUCAA